GUGGUGCACUUCCGCCGCUGUUUCUGGUUUUGUGACCUUUCGAGAAGAUGGCGGUGGCUCUGAGGUGUGCUGGUCAAUCAGCCUUUGGAGUACUGCGGGCGUGCUGUAGCGUCACCGGACGGAAUUUUAUCUUGGCAUUUCAAAAACAAGAUAAAGAAGCUGGGUUUCGAGGAAUCCGUCAUGAGAGUUCCCAGAGCAUUACAGUUCCUUCAAGAUACUGUGUUCCAGAAACCUCUUUGUCGAGGCCUCCCUGGCCAGACCUGUCAGUCAUUGACCCCGUUGAAGGGGAAAAGCAACAACUAGCAGUCAUUUCUAAGGUAAACAACAUCCUAGCUACAGAGAAAUAUGGAAGGUUAUUUGCUGUUGUUCAUUUUGCAAGUCGGCAAUGGAAAGUAACAAACGAAGACCUCAUACUCAUUGAAAACCACAUAGAUGCUGAAUGUGGAGAAAGAAUAAGAUUGGAAAAGGUUUUGCUGGUUGGUAGUGCAGAUUUCACAUUAAUUGGAAGACCUCUUCUUGGUCGAAAUUUGGUCAGAGUUGAGGCUACAGUCAUCGAAAAAACCAAGUCUUGGCCUAUGGUGCACAUGCGGUUUUGGAAGCGUCACAGAUACCAGAGGAAAAGAAUUAUCGUGCAGCCUCAGACGGUGCUUCGGAUCAACACGAUCAGAGUUGCCUCUGACCUGGCGUAACCCAAGCUCCACUCCCUGCAUAUUCAUAAGUGUCUGGUUCUGCAGCUGUCUUCUUGCCUGGGACACAGUUUCCAUUACUGUAAAUAAAGAUGCCGGUUUGCAUUUGAA